AUGGAACAAGGUCAUGUUAAGGAAAUUGGCACUCUACAUUUAACCACACAUCAAAUGAUUUUUAUGUGCCCUGACCAAGAACAAGAAUUAUGGAUUUCUUAUCCAAUUAUUCAUACCGUUGAACGUCGACCUGCCAUAAAUGAAAAACAUCCUUUGAUAAUUCGAUGUCGUGAUUUUAGAUAUAUUACAUUUUUUAUACCUAUAGAACGUAAAGCAAUUGAUGUAUUUGAUACUAUACAGAAAUUAACAUGUAUAAGUUCUAUCAAACAUGUUUACGCAUUUUAUUACAAACCCGAGAAGCAAUUCAUUUCAAAUGAUGGCUGGUCUAUCUAUAAUCCUCUCAAAGAAUUUGAACGAAUGGAAAUAACUAAUUCAUGGAGAUUUUCUAUCGCUAAUCGAGGUUAUCUCUUCUGUACAACAUACCCACGAACUCUUUUGGUUCCCAAAAAAAUCAGCGAUAAUGUCUUAAAAUACGCCAGUAAAUUCAGAAGUAGGGAACGUGUGCCCGUUUUAAGUUAUUUACAUCGAUAUAAUAAGGCAUCAAUUACUCGUUCAAGUCAACCAAUGGUUGGCCUCAAACAAAAUAGGUCAAUACAAGACGAAAAAUUAAUUGAAGCCAUUUUUCAGUCAAAUGUUCAACCCCUGGAGGAAGGGCAAAUGGUAUAUGGGUCGACGGCCACAAACUUGAUCAUCGAUGCUCGUCCAACUUUAAAUGCCAUGGCCAAUUCGGCAUUAGGUGCAGGAACGGAAAAUAUGGAGAAUUAUAAAAAUUGUGAAAAGAAGCAUAUGGGUAUAGAUAAUAUUCAUGUGAUGAGAGAGAGUUUAGGGAAAUUAGUAGAAGCGAUUCAUUCCGCUGAUGCUCAAGGCGUGCAAAUAAAAAGACAAAAUCUAGACAAAUCCGGUUGGCUUAAACAUAUUAGUACUUUAUUAGAUUCAGCACUCACCAUCGUCAAAAAUAUUCAUAUCGCAAAUUCUCAUGUACUCGUGCAUUGUUCGGAUGGUUGGGAUCGUACAGCUCAAUUGACUUCGAUCUCUGAAUUAUGUUUGGAUCCUUAUUAUCGUACUUUAAAAGGAUUUGAGGUUUUGGUAGAAAAAGAAUGGAUAUCUUUUGGUCAUAAAUUCAGUGAUCGUUCUGGGCAUCUUUCAAAUGAAAAAUAUUUCAUGAACACGACUCAUUCCAAUGCUUUUAAUUCAGUGCAAAGCAAGUUUUAUAAGCAAUCUCAUGUACGGGAAACUUCACCAGUAUUUCAUCAAUUUUUGGAUUGUGUAUAUCAAAUCUAUUCUCAAUUUCCUACAAGAUUUGAAUUUAACGAAACCUUUUUGAUUGAGUUACAUUAUCAUUGUUAUUCUUGUCAAUUUGGGACAUUCCUAUUUAAUUCAGAAAAGGAGAGAAUGGAUUAUAAUGCAGCAGGUCUUACUUAUUCAGUAUGGGAUUAUUUUAAUACUUACAAAGAAAAAUUUCUUAAUGAAUUAUAUGACCAUGGUACAAAAAAUAAUGAAGAAUUUGGUGAUAUGGGAGUAUUGUUACCUGACGUAAAAAAUGUGAAAUAUUGGGCUGGAGUAUUUCAAAAAAAAGAUGAUGAUUUGAAUGGAAUUCCUGAAGAUAUUACAGAUGAGAAAUCGGAAGGGUUUGCUUCACGUAUUAGGUGGAGAUCGGACAGUUCACGACCAGGAUCUCCGAGUAUCAGUACGGAUCCACUUGGAAUUGAAGAGGGUGGUUUUUGGAAAGAGGAUACGCGUACACAAUCACCACUUGGAAAAGAAGUAAACUUUGAAAUAGAAGAUCCUUGGCGAUCGAAUGAAUAUGAUGGAAAAAAAAAGGAUUCAAGUGAUGAUACUAAUGUAAAUGAGAUCAAUGCUAAAGAAAUUGUUCAAAAUUUUGCAAGAUUCACACUUAAUUUUGGUGCAGUGGCAUAUUCAAAUGUGGCGAAUAUUGCCGCGAAAGUGAAUUCUGAAUUUGAAAGUAUAUCAUUUAACUACAACUCUAAUGAAAAUAAUAAAAAAACCAAUAGUGAUAGUGGAAAUAUUGAAAGUAAUGGUAGUGCUCCUGGUACACCAAGAAUACGAGAAAUGAUGUCAUUUUCUAUGAAUGAUCAUUCUGAGAACAACAAUAAUAAUAAUACAUCUAUAUCUUCAUUCUCAUCAUCACCACCGAAUUCAACUAAACCUUGGCAAACAUUACCUUCAUCAUUUCCCACAUCAUUUCUACGUAACAAUAGAAAUUCAUUUCCAUCAUUGGGAAUAAAAACUAGUUCAAGUUCACCACCUUCGCCAUCAUUUCGUCCAAAUAAUACACAAUCAUUUGAAAAAACUAGUCCAUUAUCAUUAACGCCACCUCGAUCAAAAUCAAAAUCGAAUUCGGCUAGUAAAACGAAUUCACCUUUAGCCACACCACCAAUACCUUCAUCUCCUGUAACUCCUGAACGGAUGAAAGAAUUACCACAUCCGUUAUAUAAUGAUCCACUUGCAUUUCCUUAA